AUGCUUCGGUUGCGUUUUGUUUCCCACAUACAGCUCCUGGAUGCGAUGCAUCUAUCUUGGAGGGCUGCACAGGAUGCGGCGUUUCUGGUGCAGUCGCGUGUUACCGAAGUCAGAGUAGCCUAUUCCAUCCCUAUCCCUCUCGAGCUGUUGAUGACUGGACUACGCAUUUGGGUCAAAUUACGUGGCCCAGGCAGUGUAGGACUCAGUGCGGAUGACUAUCUGAUUGUGUGGGCCACGGGCCUUGGCAUGAUGAUCACAGAUCGUUGGAGCCGCAGUGUGCGUCAGUGGACUGAUCUACGGUAUUCGAAGUUCUGCUUUCCACGACGGCGAGAUUCCAACAGUUCAUUGACAUGCCUAAUCUUAGGACCACCCUAUGGAUUCGGGCGUCACAAAGCGGCCCUUUCAGAUGAGCAGAUCGAAACGUUCAUGAUGGGGAAUUAUAUCUUCAGUCACUUCUAUAAUGCAGCCAUUGCCAGCACCAAACUCGCGGUGUUGGCGCUGUACUAUCGCAUCUUCGCGACGUUAAGGUUCCGCAUUGUGGUCCUCACCACGGCUGUGUUUGUGAUUCUGUGGCUAAUAACCAUGGAAAUUCUUCUGGGCCUGCAAUGUCGGCCCAUCUCGCGAUUCUGGGACUCAGAUGUGCCUGGAGAAUGUCUCAACCUCAUAAAAUUCACCUACUUCACCAACAUCACAAACCUGCUUACUGAUAUCUGGAUAUUUUCCAUGCCUUUGCCAGUCAUUUUCAAGCUCCAGAUGUCUCGGAAUCGGAAAAUUGCUCUCAGUUUUCUCUUCUCUAUUGGAUUGGCGUUAGUAACUUCCCACACACGUUACCUUACCUUUGCCAGAAGCACACUCAUCCUUCGCAGGACUUGCGCCAUUAGUGCUGCCCGUCUUUCUGUUGUAGUCGCGCAGGGUUCGUCCGAUUUUACGUGGGAUGGGGUGCCCUUAGGGAUCCUCUCCGCCUGGGAGCCGCUAGGCGGAAUCUUCUGUGCCAAUCUGCCUGUAAUCUAUCGCGCAGUAGUGACCAUGCUCUGGAACCUCAAACGGCUUGCGCCUGGACGGCCUUCUCGUACGAGCGACCCGAAUUCCCAGCCCUAUCUGGGCGCAGAGCAAUCUCAUCGAGCUUGGGCCCCCAUCUACCACAGCAGCGGCGCACCGAUGGACUACCACUUAGAAGCCUCUCGCACCAAAGCGGGCAGUCAGGUCACAGAGUUACAGCCGAUAAGUCGCAAUGUCAUCCAAGUGGACCAGUAUUUCGAGCAGCAGGUUCAUCACGAAGGCGAAGAGACCCCGUUGCGACCGAUACGAAUGGGAAACUCAUAG